AUGCCGUCCAAAAAAUCCAGGAUCAUCGCCGGCCGUCGAGCCGCCCAGCCCCACAAACCCAGCACCCGUAAAACCCAACUCCACAACGACAUCACCUCCUUGAUCUCUGACAUCAACUCCAAAGUCUAUGCUUCCGACGACCCUGCCUCACAUACUGCCACCAACACAAAGAGCGAUGUGGAUAGAGAGUGUGUCAAAGGAGGAGGCUGGGUGGCCUGGGCAGACGAUGUGGACGCUUUACGCCGACCGCAUGAAGAAUGGACGAGACUGUUAGAAGACGGCCGCCAGACUCGUCAAUCUCUCGGCGCCCUCCAAGCUACUCUAGCAAAAACGAAAGAAACGAUCCAUACCGAAGCCAACACUGUUGGAUUCUGGAGUUCAGUACGCAGGACGCUGCGAGUAUAG